GCCAGUAGCUGUAUAACUCGAUUGAAAAUCCUGUAGUGACCGCCGAAGCAUCAACGAGGAGAAAAUCGCUUCGACAGGCUCGGAGCUGGAAAUGGAUCUACCUGCCGUCGGAGAGCACGUCUUCGCGGUGGAGGGCAUCGAGAAGAAGCGCACACGGAAGGGUCGAACCGAAUAUCUGGUGAAGUGGAGAGGAUGGUCGCCCAAGUAUAACACAUGGGAACCGGAGGAGAACAUCCUCGACCCGCGCCUUCUCGUCGCCUUCCAAAACAGGGAGAGACAAGAGCAGCAAAUGGGAUAUCGCAAAAGGGGGCCUAAACCUAAACAUCUUCUCAUCCAGCUACCUGCAUUUGCACGAAGAUCUAGCAUCCUCGCAGAUCUUCAUGACUCAUCCCCGGACGAAGAGAACCAGCUGAAAAUCGAUUCCCUUCAGAUUCACCGAUCACAGCCUCAGCAUUACCAGCUUAACAGCAAAAAACAUCACCAGUACCAGCCCAACAGCAAGGAGAUUCCAGCUGAAGCACAAACAAAUGGCAAGAAGAAGCACUUUUACCAGUUAAACAGCAAGAAGCACCACCAUUACCAGCCAGACCCCAAGAUGUAUGACCAACUAACCACAAAGCCUAAAGAGGUCAAAGGGCAUGACUGCUCUAUUAAGGGCUGGAAGCAUUCUCAAGCCCUGCAACAGAAAUGGCUGCAUGACAAGGACACUGGCAACCUAAAUAAAGUGAAGGAUCUGGCCAUGGAACAUAGUCAACUACCUGCUACUACAAACAAAGAGGAGCACAAGCUAAAGACAAACUUCAAAGAGUCGUCACUUUCCAGUGCUGUCAGCAGUAAGAUGAAGAUCAUCAGGAACAAAAACAAAAAUGGCCGAAUUGUCAUUGUCAUGAGCAAGUACAUGGACAAUGGGGUCCAGUCAUCCAAAGCAAAGCAUGCAGAUUCUUCUAAAAUGGAAAAACCAAAGCACACUGAGGAAUCUAUGAAUGACAUUAAUGGCAAUCUUGUAGAAGUAACUUCAGGACAGGAGAUUGACACUUCUAACAAUUCCGGAGAUUCUUUAAGCGAAAUUGUUCAAACUGGACCACACAAAACGUUUGACCUUUCAAAAGCAAAACUUGACUCUGAAACUGGCCACAGAAUGGAACAAGAACAGGAUAAAACUGAUUUAUCACCUAGGACAGACGACUUAUCCCAAAGGGACUCAAACAACAACCAGACCAACCAUCGAAAACGGAAUCUAUCCGAGCCUAAAGAGGCUGGCAGCGAUUGUAAGAGGUUUCUAAGCUCCAGGAGUAUCAGUGCUCCCAAUCCGGUCAUUGUUUCCCCUCAGAGGGAACCUAUCGACCUGAACUGUUCUGGCCAAAACACCAGCAGUGACUUUAGCCACAACUUAACUGAAGCCUUUCCUGAUGAACCGAUUGACUUGAGCUGUGGUAGGACAAGGCUUCAUGCAGAAGCUGCUGUAGAGACCCACACUAGAGUUGAGAAUGUUUCUGAGAUGUCUAGCAAGUCAGAAGAACCAGUCAGCUAUUUUAAGCCAUUUUCAGGUAACAUUAUCAUAACGGAUGUCACCACGAACUGUUUGACUGUGACCUUUAAAGAAUAUGUUUCCAUUUAAUGCCUUUCAAGUGAUACA